AUGACAGUGGACGUUAAGGCGAUGAUUGAGGGCCAAGGAGCCACCUUCAGUGAUAAAGUUCACGACCAAGUCACUCAUCUCGUCACAACCGAGAAAGACGUGGCGAAACGAAGUACUAAAUACGAGCAGGCUCGAAAGUUUCCUAACUGCCAAAUCGUUUCGCUUGAAUGGCUGCAACUUUCCACGAAGUCCCGAAGCCUUGUUCCCGAGAAGGAAUACAUCUUAAAGGCAGGCCCGGCCACCGAGACUAGCGCCAAGGUAAAGCAGGAGGACGAGCCGGGGACCAAGCGCAGCUUCACCCAGGAUAAUGCGGAAGAUCAAUCGAACAAAAGACAAAAGGAUUCCCAGAAGGCCAGCUCCAAGUCGCUGACUAUUCCUGUGGACGGGGUCUUUUUGAUGCAGUGCAGAAACUACAAGAAUCCCGAGGUCUAUAUCGAUGAUGAGAACGUCAUUUAUGAUGCGACAUUAAAUCAAACCGUUGCAUCUAAGAACAAUAAUAAGUUCUACCGACUCCAGCUGAUCUACUCGAAGUCAAUCAACAAGUAUAUCACAUGGACUCGCUGGGGACGAGUUGGUGAGCAAGGCCAGUUUGCCUCCAUUGAAGACCCUCAGGGAUCACUUGAUAGUGCCAAAAAAGCCUUUUUGGGAAAAUUCAAAGAUAAGAGUGGACUCAAAUGGGAAGACCGACUCAGCACUCCCAAGCACGGCAAGUAUACUUUCAUUGAGCGAAACUACGAGGACGACGAUGAGGAAGAAGAGAAGGAGAUGGUCAAAAAAGAGAAAAGCGACUUUCCAGUCCCUGAAAGCAAACUUUCCAAACCGGUCCAGGACUUGAUGAGCUUUAUCUUCAACAUGGAUCAUUUCCAGAUGGCGAUGGCCGCCAUGUCAUACGACUCAAAGAAGCUUCCUCUGGGGAAGCUCAGUGACCGGGCUCUCAAGACAGGAUUCGCAACUCUCAAGGAACUGUCCGAACUGCAUGCGAAUCCGAGUCUUGCAAGUGAUCGGUACAAUACCAGCAUCGGCACCGCCCAAGAGGAUCUUAGCAACCGAUAUUUCACCACCAUUCCUCACGUUUUUGGACGGAACAGACCUCCAAUUUUGAGCACACUUGCUCAAAUCAAGAAGGAAGUUGAACUUUUGGAGGCGUUGACUGAUAUGGACGUGGCAAACGAGAUAAUGAAGGACGCCAAGGAAGCGAAUGAUGUCCACGAAUUGGACCGUCAAUUCGAGAACCUCGGGUUGCACGAAAUGACACCAUUGGAAAAAGACUCUGCUGAGUUCCAAGGGAUUGAGGAGUACCUUCUCGGUUCUUCUGGGGCAACACAUAACUUGAAGUACAAGGUCAUCGACAUCUUUCGGAUUGAGCGACAAGGGGAGAAUGAUCGGUUCCAAGCGUCAAGCUUCGCCAAACUACAAAACAAAGAUCGUCGCUUGCUCUGGCAUGGCUCUCGAUCGAGUAAUUUUGGUGGCAUUCUGAGUCAAGGGCUUCGAAUAGCCCCUCCCGAGGCGCCAGUAAAUGGCUACAUGUUCGGAAAGGGCGUUUAUCUUGCAGACACCUCCACCAAGUCUGCGAACUACUGCUGCCCCUACAACAGCGGGGGAAUGGGGCUACUUCUACUCUGCGAGGCAGAGCUCGGUGAUCCUAUGCUGGAACUGAUUCAUGCCGAUUCUUCUGCAGGGGAGAAUGCUCGGAAGCAAGGCAAAUUCUCUACAUUGGGGAAAGGUCGAAAUAUCCCCGGUGGCUGGAAGGACGCGGGCUGCAUUAACCCAAAGCUCACGGGGGUGAAGAUACCCGACGUCUCUGUUCCUCGCGGGGAUGGCCAGAACGUGGGUCUCCAAUACAAUGAGUACAUCGCUUAUGAUGUUGCUCAAAUUCAACAGCGCUACCUUCUCUAUGUUCAUAUGUGCUAG